AAAACCCCCUCUUAUUAUAAGGCUCCCUUCGAUUAUCUACCAACAAAGUUGCAAUAUAUUUCUUUCUUAAUAAGCUCCAACGCUUCCCAUUGAAUUCCACAUCAAAGUUCUACUCCUGUGUCCUUCUUAACAAUCCAUCCACGUAGGUUUCUGACAAAAAGACUUACUUUGCCGCUUUUAAGAAACAUUUUGAAAUCGCUUAAGGCAUAAUAGUGCACAUGGGGAGACACUCUUGCUGCUACAAGCAGAAGCUUCGUAAAGGCCUCUGGUCUCCUGAGGAAGACGAGAAGCUUUUGAAUUACAUCACCAAACAUGGCCAUGGAUGUUGGAGCUCCGUUCCAAAACUAGCUGGUCUUCAGAGGUGUGGCAAGAGCUGCAGAUUAAGAUGGAUAAAUUAUCUCAGGCCUGAUUUGAAGAGAGGAGCAUUCUCACAGCAGGAAGAGAACUCCAUCAUUGAACUUCAUGCAGUCCUUGGCAACAGGUGGUCACAGAUUGCAGCUCAGUUACCAGGAAGAACUGAUAAUGAGAUAAAGAAUCUAUGGAACUCCUGUCUGAAGAAGAAGCUUAGGCAAAGAGGCAUUGACCCAAACACACACCAGCCCCUCUCAGAGGUUGAGAAUGACAAGGACAAGCCUCUUACAGCUGACAAAAGCAACCAGAAAGCCUCCAAUGAGGUGAGUCUUAUUGAGCCACCAAAACCAAAGCCAAUAUCUACUACUUCUAUGCCCAUGGAUAGAUAUCCCCUUGAAGUUUCUUCAACUUUCAAGAUCAGCGGUGGCAACAACAACAAUAACAACAGCAACAGCACCCUAGACAGGUUUGACAGCUCCAUCACUAGUUCUGAUAUGAUGGGAAUGGGAUAUUUCCCUUUUCAGCACUUGAACUAUGGAUCAAACAUGGGACUCACUACUACACCCAACAACACUCCACUUUGCUUCAUGCCAAGUUCCACUUCUUCUCAAAUGAUGUCAGAGCUGAAUUCCACCAUGCUCCAUUCUAUGUUCCCAACACAUGUAAAACCCACUGUUAGCCUCCACUCUAACAACAACAACAACCCUUCUUCCAUAUCCUCUGAUGGGGUUCAGAACUGGGAAACAAGUACCUUCAGUAAUAACAACAAUGCAAGCAAAAGCAAUGGGAGCAGUAGCUGCAGCAUCCAAUUACAAAGCGGCAGCACUAACUUUCUUGAUCAUAGCAGCACAAUAACAUGGGGGCUGCAAGCAGAAUCUGCCACCAAGGCAGAUAAAGAUGCUCAUGUUGUUGUACCUUUGCAAUCAUCGGAACAAGAAGACAUUAAAUGGUCUGAAUAUCUCAACAACACCCCUUUCUUUCUGGGAACCAUGUCAGUGCAGCAUCAAACUACAAACUCUCUCUACAGUAGUGAUGAGGUGAAGCCAGAAACAACAGGCUUCAUAGCAGACGAAUCAAGUACCAGUUGGCACCACAGCCAGCAUUUUCAACCUUCGGAAAUAUAUACCAAAGAUCUGCAGAGAUUUUCAGUGGCUUUUGGACAAACCCUGUAGUUUUCAGGCACUGAACACGUGGAAACCUCAACCAAAGAGAGAGGAGAGCAAGAUGCCGACAUUUCCAAUGUGAAGUAGGUCAGAAAUUUGUCGCGAGUUCUGACCGCAGGUGUGUGCUGUAAAUUUUUUCUUUUCAUAUUUUUCUUUUGAUAUUGUAAAUGUGUCUAAUUUAUAUAUACCAAAAAGAAAAAACCACCUCAGCAAUCAGCAUUAUGUUACAGUAUAAUUGAUAUUUGUGAUUGAUUAAUUCAAGUUUCUUCUUCUUCUUCUUCUAAUCACUUUGUUAUUCAUUAAACAUAGAAUAAGUAAGGCUUGUUCCAGCUAUCCAGAUCUUCCUUUCUUAUACGUACGAUACUAUUAUGGAUCUAUAUAUAUAUACAAUUGAUCACAUCAUAGUGAGAAUUAUUCA